AUGGCCAACCUUGAGAAAAUCUCCCUCUUGACAAAACCCAAGGCACAGAUUAGUUAUGCCUUCCACUCUUCCACCUCUACUUCCAGCCCAGCGCUGGUCGUGUUCUUGAACGGCCUGGGACUUCCACAAGUCGCCUGGAAUCCUACUAUUUCCAUCUUGAAAGAAACGAAUAAAGAUAAUGGCACUCCUGCUAUGCUCACCUAUGAUCGAUUUGGUCAAGGUCAAACAACCGAUAGAGAUCCCAAUGAUGAGAAUGCUGCGGAUCCGAUGCAUGGCCAUGAUACUAUGAGUGCAGUGCAGGAUCUGCGUCAGCUUGUCACCCAAAUUGCUCAAGAUCGGAUGGAAAUUUCAGAUAUCGCUACUUUGCCUAUCGUUUUUGUAGCAAAUUCUCUGGGAUGCGCAAUCGCUCGCUUAUAUGCCCAGGAAUACCCAGGCACUGUGGCGGGUCUAUUACUCCUUGACAGUGUCUUGGCCAAUUCAGACUUCGUGUCGAUAUUCCCUGACCCUGACAGUGAAGGUUUUGAUGUCAAAUCGAUUCCGUCGGAUAUCACUCCAGAUUCCCUGCGUGGUGCGCGUGAACGAGCACGCCGAAUUUUCCACCCAGACGUCGGCAGCAAGGAGGGGCUGAGCCGGAAGAAUUUGAGAGACUUGUUACCUGCAAGCGACGCCCCCGCGCUAAAGGGACCCGGGGGCCGGGGGCCAUUUGUCACUGUUGUUGGCAAUGACUUUGAGGCCUUUGCAGAGGAGUCAUCCAAAAUGGGCGUACCGAAGCCAAUCACCUUGACGUACAGCAAACCAUACUGGCAAAAGUACAACGAGGGAUUGGCAAAGAUUACGGAGGUCGAGAGGAGCAAAGGCCCUCUUAUAGCACCCGGGGCUGGCCAUUUUAUCCAGAAAGAUAACCCGCAGUUUGUUGCACAGGAGCUGGCGGAAUUGUUAUUGAAGGCGCUUUAA